AUGGCACCGGGGAUUUCUCCUUCAUGCUCCCCGCCACAUCCCGGGAGUGUGACCACCAGACGGUACAGUCCCGAUGCCACCCUCAUACUGGUCGGAUUUGUCGGGGCGGGCAAGAAGACGCUGGGCAUCAUCGCCUCUGUCGCACUCCGCCGUCGCUUGAUUGACUUUGAUACCUUGUUCCGUCAAGAAACACAGCUUUCGCCUCAGGAGUACAUCGCACAGCAUGGGUCCACGCUUUAUCGAGAACUAGAAUUGCAGCUGACUCAACGACUCCUGGAACAACAUCGUGUCGGCUGUGUGAUUGUGGGUCUGGGAUGGCUGGCCACGCGCCAACAGCAGGAGCUGUUGAGCACGUUUGCCCAGGAGCAUCCUGUCUUGUAUGUCAGAAGAGAUCGGUCGGAUCUGCAACGAACUAUCAAGAUCAAUCAAGACAAGUUCCAUCGUCUUUUUGCAGUUGGAAACGCAUUUUUCGAGGCCUGCUCCAAUUUUGAUUUCUACAAUCUGACCCAAAAUACGACAGGUGGGGAUGGCAGAUCAGAGGCUGUUCACAUGCGACUUAGAAAGGCCGGAAGAGUGUUUAUAGCCUUCCUCGAACGCAUCUACGGUCGAGCUACCUGCAGUGUGUACUCAGCCAACCCUUUCAUCGAGCGUUAUACACAUGCUUUGCAGAUUCCUGUUAGCUGGCUAGAGGAAUCCAAUCUCGACUAUGCACAGCUGGACUGUGGGGCAGAUGCUUUAACCAUCUUAAUCGACGUUUAUCCCAGACACAGAACCACGGAGCUAGCUGAGAGCUUAGCAAAGCAUAUGGCUACUGUCAGAAUGUAUGCAAGGGUUCCGGUCUUUGUGGAGAUUGCGGAUGCACAUCAAUUUGAGCCUGUGGAGUAUCACAAGUUCUUGAAACAGCUUCUUAGACUAGUACCGGAUGCUCUCGCAUGCUCUCUUAGCAGUUCUCCAGAACAUCUGCGAACGAUUAUCGACACAAAGGGUCACGUCAAGGCAAUUGCUACCUAUCACAUACCGGGCCCACUGUCCUUGCAGAGGUCAGUAGAUCUUUCUUCGGGACUCAAGAAAGCUGAAGACAUUGGCUUCGACGUUCUACGCCUCACCGGAGAGUCAAGAGUUGAAACUGAUAAUCUGGCUUGUAUCGCACUACGUCAGAGUCUGGCCGACAAGGCUAAAAUUCCGAUAGUUGCCUACCACAAGGGAGAUUUGGGCAGGGCGAGUGUUUGCUUGAACCCUGUUCUAUCGCCAGUGGUACUCCCUCACAUGCAAAGCGAGGGGAUUCCGCUGCAGGCCGCCGAACAGGCUCUCACAGCUUGUUACUUGAGCCCUAGAAAGCUCUUCACGAUAUUUGGCCAAAACGUGGCGCAGAGCCUUUCUCCAGCAAUGCAUAAUGCCGCCUAUGCCGCCUGUGGACUGCCGCAUCAGUAUGGUAGCAUGCAGUCUGGCGUCUUCGAGGAGGUUAUUGAUCUUCUCAACGAUGCCAACCAUGGUGGUGUCGCGGUCUCACUACCGUACAAAACCCAAAUCCUUCCUUAUUUGGACAAAAUCGGCCGUGAGGCAAGAGAUAUUCACGCGGUCAAUACCGUAAUCUUGGAGCAGAGCAUCUCGGAGACUGGACAGAUCACCAGAAAGCUUAAAGGAUACAAUACAGACUACAUCGGUAUCAUGGCCGGAAUCGACAAGAACCUGUCACCAGCCAACGCCAUUCGUGCCGGUACAUCGGCCUUGAUUAUUGGAGCCGGCGGCAUGGCCCGUGCUGCGAUCUAUGCUUGCUUGCAGCUGGGCGUGCAGCACAUCUGCCUUUACAACAGGACCACCUCUAACGCAGAGAGGCUUGCGGAGUAUUAUCGUGACUGGGCUGCAUCGUCGGAGUCCGCUGCUCGCCUUCGUAUCGAGGUCCUGUGUUCAGCGAAUGAGCCUUGGCCCCGACAUCUACGACAGCCUACCAUCAUUGUGUCUUGCUUACCGGCUCUCGAGAUUAAUAGCCAAUCGCCCGUGACUCUGCGGUUACCUGAGCAGUGGCUCGCGAGUAGCACGGGCGGAGUCUUUGUGGAUGUUGCGUACGGGAAACACCAAACGGUGCUACGGGCAUCGAUGAAGGACAGGGCCUCGAAAGGAUGGGUCGUCGUCGAUGGCUUGGUGGUUCUGCUGGAACAGGGCGUCGCUCAGUAUGAGCUUUUCACCCAACGGCCGGCGCCGGUACAUGUCAUGAGGCGCACGAUACAACGACAGUCGCAAGGGUUCUGUUCAAAUUCGCCCAGUGUUUCGAUUUGA